AUGCUCACCGACAUUCCUAGCAACUCCUUUGCUCACUGGCCUCGGCUGCGUCGCCUCUCGCUCUCUGGGAAUGAACUGACCGCGCUGCCCGCAAACGUCCUGACGGGCUCCACAGCCCUCGAGGUCCUGAAAGUCGAGAGCAACCAGCUGACGGCCCUGCCGGCUACCUUCCUGACCGGCCUCGUACAUCUCCGCAACCUAUCCCUCGGUAUCAAUGAGCUCACGAGCUUAGCCCCAAACUUUCUUUCGGGCCUGACCAACCUGCAGUACCUCUACCUCUACUUCAACCAGCUCACUGUGCUUCCACCACAGUUCCUCCGUGACCAGCACCAGCUCGUGCACCUGAGCCUCGAGGACAAUCUGAUCGCCAACAUUCCGACCGGUGCUUUCGAUAGCCUAACCCGCCUCGAGUAUCUGUACCUCUACUCCAACCACAUCUCUGCUCUGCAAGCCGACGCUUUUGCUCGGCUCACCCGGCUCUUGCACCUCAGCCUGGAAUCGAACCGCCUCACUGCCCUGCCCGCUGGCCUCUUGAACUCGUUGCCGCAUUUGGAGAUGUUGUACCUGUAUGCCAACGAUCUUACUACGCUACCCGCUCACUUUUUUGAUCAUCAGGGCUCCCUGUUUCAUCUCAGUAUGCAGUACAACGCCCUCUCCGAGCUUCCCGCGGGCAUCUUUGACCAUCUUCAGGCUCUCGAAGCCUUGUACCUCGAAUCGAACCAGUUACGCGCUCUCCCUCGCGAUGCUUUUCAGGCCCUGACCCGACUACGUAUCCUCUCCCUUGAGAACAACCACCUGACCACCCUUCUCCCGGGUGUGUUUGAUGCGCAGACGCAGCUGCAGCAGCUCAACAUCAGCUACAACGACCUCACA